AUGUCUAACAAGAUAGAUUUAAACAAACUUUCACCACAACAGUUGGUCGACUUCCGUAAAUCAAUUGAUCAAGAAGUGACCCACUUCACCCAAUCCCUUCAAGCCUUACAAGCAGCCCAAUCCAAAUUAAAAGAAUGCAUAACCAGUAUCGACAAUUUAGAAGCUGGCAAAUCGGAAGACUUGUUGAUUCCUUUGACUAGUUCGUUAUACAUACCUGGUAAAGUUGUUAAACGAAAUGAAUAUCUUGUUGAUAUCGGUACUGGAUACUAUGUUGAAAAACUGGCCCAAGACGGUAAAUCAGUAUAUGAAGCCAAGAUCAAGAAGUUGGAUCAAGACGCAAAGAAAUUAAAGGAUAUUCUAGUGGAAAAGAACGAUUUAUUAAAUGCUGUCAACUUAAUAUUAAGGAGAAAAGUUAUAGAAUUAGAAAAACAACAACAGCAACAAACAGCCACUAGUUAG